GUCUGUUCGAAAAAUGGUGUCUGGUGGAAAAAAGUCUUGUGUGUGGAAAAAGUGAGAAAAGUGAUGAAAAAAGUGUGAAAAUGUGUCUAAAAUGCAUGUAAAAUAGUUGGCUGAUGUGAAUAAAAGUGCAGACGUGUAUUUGAACGUGAAGAUUUACAAUGAAUUGCCAUCAAAUAUUGAGUGGAGCUUGCAAUGCUGGCGAUCGCUGUUUUGCUGUGGGCUCCGUCGAAGGUGUCCCGUUUACAGCCUAUGCAGCAGGAUGUAAUAUUGUAAUAUUGGCAAGCACUUUUGAGCGAAUCCAGAUUAUCCCUGGAGCCACUCACAAUUACAUCCGAAUAUCUGCCCUCGACUGUAGCACUGAUACGGGUAAAAUUGCUGCAGCUUAUGAAGAUAAAGUGUGUAUCUUUGAACCAACACCACUCAUUCAUGGUGAUGUUCCAUCGGAACAUGGCUUGGAGUACAAGUGGGUUCAAACGGGUAGUCUUCAGGCUAGCUCCCAUAUUAGUUCUCUGUCGUGGAAUUUGGAGGGAUCGCGCCUCCUGACGGGAGGAGUAAAUCUGCAAAUGUGGCAUGAGCGUGUAUCAAAGGUUGACGAUGAACAACCGCAUACGGUGACAUUUGAAAUUGGUGGUGAUCGUGAUCCAAAGACACCAACAAAUGAAGAAGAGGCUGAGAUAGGAUGGGAGUGUGUAUGGAAAUGUCAUACAGCUACCCCGGUGCAUCAUAUGGCAUUCAGUCCAGAUGGUACGCUAUUUGCCACAUCGGGCAAGAGUGAUCGUUUAGUUAAAGUAUGGUAUGAGAAUAAGCAUUUGCUGUUUCCGACAAAGAGCUUAGAUUCAACCCAUUACAAUACGAUGCAAUCGCAACAGAUGCCACAGGAGCUCAACUAUGGAUUUGUGUAUGUUGCUCAUCCGCGUGCUGUGACUCAUUUGUCGUGGAGGAAGACCAGCAAGUAUAUGCCAAAGGGGGCUGUAUCGAAUAUGCUGGUGACCUCAUGUCUAGAUAAUAUAUGUCGCAUAUGGGUGGAAACUGUUCUACCUGAUGAUGGUUUGGUCAAUAUGAAUCAAUUUGAUCCGUUGGCAACGCAAAAUCCCAAAUUUCGUACACAUCGACAUAAGCAUCGAUUUAUGCAGCGUCUGAAGCAUAUGAAGACAUGCUUUCACAUUCGUCGACAUGCUAAGCAUCAGGGGGCAUUGGGCCUGAAUGGAAUGGGACCGGCUUUUGGUGGGCCAGGAGCUGGUACAAAUUUGGGUCAUGCACCAAUACCAUCUCUUCCAUCGACGUACAGUGUUCAUGAUUUCCAUUCGUAUGGCUAUCAUGGAACUGGUGUAACACCUGGUCUGCAUUUUCAUCUGGCAGCUUCGAUAAAUGCAGAAACUGAUAUACCCCUGGUGCCGUCAAUGCAAACCAAUGAUCCUUCAACACAGCCCAAUUUCAUUUUGCACUGGUUGAAUAACAAAGAGAUGCAUUUCUCACUGCAGGCUGAGUCAAUUCUGCAGGAGAUGGCCAGGAAGGUGAUUGAGAAGGAGGAUAUGCAGAGUAUGUCGAAUGUGAAUAGUGAAGCACAUUCGGAGGCUCAAGAGGCUCAGGAAGAGCCACAUUCUGAAGGUGGGGCGGCAGAGAAGAAAAAAGUCCCUAAGCCACCAAAUAUCAAAUCUUUCUCUCACGAUGAGAGUAACAGUGAUGAACAUCAUACGCAUUCCAACAGAUCAGGAUCUCAUGCUGGAAUUCUCAGUCAUCAUUCAAUAUCUAAUACUACAUCACUUAAUUCCCUGGCUACAGAUGCCGCUGUCCACAUGACAGAUUCCCUGGAUAUGAAAAUUGAGUGUCUACUGAGGGAUUGGCAUCACAAUCCUGAUCUUCUGUUUUCCAUUCAUCCAAUCGAUGGGAGUUAUUUGAUUUGGGUGGUUGAGUGGUUGGAUGAAUAUCAUCCGGGUAGUUUUCGUCAGGCUCAGGUGUCCUUCUCUACGCGUAUCCCAUCGGCUUUCCCCCUAGGUGAUGCUAUGUCCAUGUCUACAACUGUUAGUCUUUACAAUACGGGCGGGAAUUUGCUUCAUUUUCGUGAUAUGGUCAAAGGUGCCAAACCCACAGCGCCAUCUAGUCAGGCUGGUGAGAAUGUUCAAGAUAUUGGAACACCACUACCAAGUGUGAUGGAAGAGGCAGAGACCGACUGGACAGCUGGACAGGCGACAACAGAAGAGGGAGCAGACGGAACUGGUGGUGAUGGUGGAGAGAAGGAUAGUCAAAAGCAACGCAAUACAGAAGCUUCAGCCAAUGAUUCUGGUCAGGGCAAUGAUUCGGCACAUUCCGAUAUUGUGGCAUCACCACCAUCUCCGACAAUUUCCAUGGUGACCAAACACUCCAAUGGUACCCUCAAUCUCUGGCAGUUGACUUUUGCUGAUAAGACAAAAUUCACCCAAGUUCUGAGUAUUGGUCAUGCAUCGAGGGUGUCUGGACAUCGGUUCAGAGUCAAUGACAUCACAUGCCAUCCAGUUCUACCACUACUACUCACAACGUCACAUCACAACAUUCCGGAUAUUCCUACGGCAUCUACAACAGUUCCCGGACGAUAUCAAAGCGAUCGUCCGGGUCAAGGAAGGGAUGUCUGUGCUCCAUCGGGUUUCUGUUCUGAACUCAUUCUCUGGCGUGUCGAUGCUGUUGGACCACUGUCACAGUCCGGUGGAGUCAAUGAGUUGGCUCGGAUCAAUUCCCCUGAAAUUUCAGCUUUCAGCAAUGUAGCAUGGAUUCCAACCCUCCUGCCCAGUACGACCUUGGGUAAUCUCAGUAAUUCAUCAUCAGCAUGCUUUGUGGCAAGCGAUGGAGAAUGUCUGAGGGUGUACCAAGCAGUCAUUGAUGCUAGAACGCUCCUGGCGGAAAUAUCAACAUCAGAACGUCGGAGUCGUCUGAAGGAUUCCAUGGUGUCCCUAUCUACAGAGUGCUCAAGUGACAAUGGAAUUCAUCAUACGUCCAUUCAUGAUAAAAUAAAAAUUGUGUCGCAGCAGUCAACAGCACGUCCAGGUUGUAUAAUUCAACUGGAUGCCAUUGCUGAUGCUACGCAUGAUUGGCAGAAUACGCAGUUCCUGCAUGUGUUCCAGGAACAACUGAUUACAGGGGAGAGAAAUGAUGAAAAGUACUCAGCACCCUUCGAUGGAACAGACAUUGGUUUGAUGGAGACGCAAAUGGGUGCAAUGGUGGAUUUGCAGAGGAAUGCCGUGUUUGAGGAACCCUUCUAUAUUGUCAUCGUUGAAAGGACACACAAUGGUAGUACCAUUCAUAUGUGGCGUCUGGUGAUUGCAUCGCAACCGAGUCAGAAUGAGAUGACAGAGAGUAUGAUGUAUGUGCCAGAUAGCAAUAUUGUGCAGGAUUUGGAUGAUCCCGAACCAGGUCCACGACAUUCAAUUUCCGGCCUCAAUAUCGCAGCCGAUGAGAGGCAUUCACCUGAGAAGCCUCAUGUUAGUAUUACAACAACGAAAGUUUGUACUCAAGAUCUACCACUGCCGGAAGGAGUAGAUGUUAUCCAUGCAUCCCCAGCAGCUGGACACUUGAGUUCAUCAUCGAUCUAUCCGGCAUGCUUUGCGCCCUACAUCAUCGUGACAGCAUGCUCGGAUUCAACAUCGCGUUUCUGGCGAUGCAAGGUAACCAAGAGAGAUGAUGCUGAUCCAACUGAUGACGCAACCCUAUACAGCUAUGAAUGGUGCGAAUGGGAGAUGCUGAGUAAGGAUCGUGAGUCAACAAUUGAAAUAUCAGGACAACCCCUGAACAUCAGUGCUGCCUAUUCAGGAAGAAUAGCCUGUGCCUAUAAGUAUGGCAAAUCAUUUACGCGACCCAACAAAGGUGGAGACCCUGAGUCCAGAUACGUUAAUCUCUGUGUGGCCAUUUAUGAGUGUGAGAGUACGGGUGGUAGUGAAUGGGUGCUAGAAGAUACGAUUCAUCUGAAAAAUAUCCAUUUACCAAGGAUGCAGAUGGAUCCGCAUCUGGAUCUCAGCUAUCUUCACGACAAUCGAUUCUUGCAGAAGAAGCAACGUCUGACGCAGGUAUUGCAGACAUUUACUAGUCAUGAGGAAGUUCGGGCUCAGCGAAAUGGCGAUGUAACGCCGGAUUUGACAAAACCAAGUGGUCUACUGGCUGUACCGAGUUUCAGUACACUUCAGUCACUGCGGAAGAGUAUUUCUGAGCAUGGGAAUACAUGUCCCCUAACACAGAAGCACUUGGUGCAGCUGGACUGGGUGUCCAAGGAAGAUGGUUCGCAUAUCCUAACAGUGGCUGUUGGUAGUAAAGUUAUGCUGUAUACUUCGGUGUCUAGUGAUCUGGCACAGGCUAAUAUGAAGGCUAUGAAGGAGUCUCAGUCGACAAAUAGGCCCCUACUUAGGAAAGCCAGUUCUCUGGCUCAGCCUCAUUUCAAUGAUGAGAUUCGUUGGAUGAAGCUGAGGCAGAUUGAUCUGUCAACGGCUGAUGGCCUACCUCCUCUGCCCAUGCAGAUAUCCUGGGUUAGGGAUGGAAUCUUGGUGGUAGGAAUGGAUUCGGAGAUGCAUGUUUACACCCAGUGGAAACCACGUCAAACUCUGGGUAUUCAUGAUAUUGAGGAUCUCUAUGAUAAUCGCAAUUUGCGCGAUGAAGAUCUCCGAACGAUUGCUGCUGAGAGUUCUCAGAGGCGUCUAGCAGGAGUAUCGUCAAUGCCUCAUCUCUCCCGAGUCAGUUCGAUGAAUUUGCAGAUGAUGACGAGUGAAAAGAAGAGGAAAGCUGCAUCUUCGAGUCAAGGACAGAUUCCAGGAACUACCGAUCAUCAUCAAAUUCAGGAUUACAUGCCGGACUAUGGGUUGUUUGAAGCAUCACGAAUUGCAUGUCCAGUUCUGCCCCAGUACCAUCCCAAGCAACUUAUGGAAUUGCUGAAUUCAGGAAAGAUUCGCUGGGUGAAGGCAAUCCUAGCUCAUCUUGUUCGUUGCAUCAGUGGAACUUAUAUGCGAGGCGGUGGCGGUGAUGAAGAGAGUCUCAACAAACAGCGAGGUUGGUCCAGAUCUCGCACACUUUCUGUGAGCUACAUACCCGGCACUUCGAGUCCUCUCGAACCCAGAGGAUCCACAACACAGAUUCCGGAAGAGUUGACACUGGAUUAUGCUGAGAUAACAUCAAUUCCACCACUUCCACUGUGGACUCUUUUAGCUGCUGACAGGGAAACAAUGACAUCCCAGAAAACUGAAGAAGUCAAGGACUACAAUGAGCUCUUUGACGGUACUGUUAAUGAUCAAGACGAAUCUUUGGAUGAUUUGUUAGACGAAGAAACAGAAUCACCUAGACGUUUUGACAGACGCUCCUCAAUUCCUGAGAGACAGAGUUUGAGUCACUUUGGACCGCGUCAGGGACAAUUGCUUUCACGUUUACUCACCCAUACCCACCUUCCGGGUCUUUCGAGUCUGGAUCAGAUGCAUUUGUUGGCUCUGGCAGACACUGUGGCUACGUGCAAUACUGAUUUUGCUGAACGUUUUGCCAUUGAUGCCGCCAAGACGGCUAUUGCCAAGGAAAAUCUAACGGGUGUGCCAGAUUCUGAGAAUAUCUCAACGGAUUCUCUCGAUGAUUGUGGUUUGAGAUUUUUAUUGGCAAUGAAACACUAUAGUUACCUCCUAAGAUGCCUCCCAUUGCGCGAAAGAACAAAUUUCCAAAAGCAGGGAGUUGCCACAUCAAAUAUUGUUUGGGCUUUUCAUUCGGAAAGUGAAGAAGAAUUGCUCAAUUUGAUACCGUCGUAUGCUAAGGGCCAGGCAAAAUGGUCAACACUUAAGGAAUUGGGUGUGGGAUGGUGGUUGAGGAAUAAUACAAUGUUGAGGCAAUGUGUGGAGAAAUUGGCAAAGGCGGCGUAUCAAGCCAAUCAAGAUCCUUUGGAUGCAGCUCUGUACUAUGUGGCUAUGAAGAAAAAAUCUGUAGUUUGGGGUUUGUUUAGGUCAAAACGUGAUGAGAAGAUGACAGCAUUUUUUGCUAAUAAUUUCAAUGAAGAUCGUUGGAGGAAGGCAGCACUGAAGAAUGCCUUUGCUCUGCUGGGUAAGCAGAGAUUUGAUCAUGCUGUAGCAUUUUUCCUAUUAGCAAAUUCCCUCAAUGAUGCUCUGGAAGUUUGUUUGACAAAAUUAGAAGAUUUGCAGUUGGCAUUGGUGAUAACGAGAUUGUAUGAAGGUGAACAUGAUCCAACACCGCCAAGUUUCAAGAAACUCCUCUUCGAAGAGAUCCUCGGCUGUGAUAGUGAUGGCAAUAAUCAGGAUAUUAGUAAGGCACAUCCGGAUCCAUUUCUCCGGUCAAUGGCACUGUGGAUACUCAAAGAUUACACAGGAAGUCUCAAUACAUUAUUGAUAAAUAAUGUUGGUCAUGCUCAUCCGGCCUAUCAAGAUGAUGAUCCACUACUUAAAUAUGAUUCCAAUCAGUCAGCUAAUCCAAAUGUUUUUAAUUUCUACAUCUACCUGAGGACUCAUCCACUUCUCAUAAGGCAGCACAUUGCAUCGACGGCCCAGGAGAAGAAGAAAACCCAAGUGGUUCUAUCAGGUUUUAGCUAUGGGGAGAAUCCUCAAGCAAAAGCUUCCAGUGGAAGAGAUAAGCAACUUAUGCUGGAGGAUUCAAUAACUCCACUCGAACGGCAAUUGUACUUUACAACGGCACAUGCUCACUUCAAAGCUGGAUGUCCAGCACUUGCACUGGAAGUUCUCAGUAAACUUCCAUCGAAGGUCCUUGAUCAGGAUACUGGUAGUCAAUUGACCAGUCCAAAUGAUAUCAAUAAGACAGAAAAUGAAAUCCACACGGGUAUUAUAUCGUGGGAUGAGAAGGAAAAGACACUGGAGCGAAGUACAAAUUUCGAUUGGAGUGCUCCAUUGUCCAAUCAACAGGGUAUUGGUGAUUUUGACUGGGGUGCUCCGGAAAGUGGUCCAUUGACAUCAAAUGGACCCGAUGAUGAGUUUAAGAUCAAAUGGGAUGAUGAUGAUGAUGAGGCAGGUGAUGAGAGUGAAGAUGAGGGUAUUAAUUUCAAGGUGGACAAGAAGGAGGUACCAAAUGUGGCCAUACAGACACCAGAGGCUGAAGAGACGUCAGAACAGCAACGUCUUGGUUGCUUGGAUAUUAUGGCGCAACAAUUGAAGUUUGUGGCAUGCUUGAAGAUUCUCAUGGAGGAAUUGUCCACCCUGGCUACAGGGUAUGAAGUUGAUGGUGGUCAGCUGAGGUAUCAACUGUAUGUGUGGCUGGAACGCGAGGUAGAAGCCCUCCGGCAGCUAUGCAAUUACAGUUGUGCCGAUGCUGAUGCCAAUACAACUGACGAUGGAGCAGCUACGGCUGAUGGGGACAGGGAUACACCUGUGCCAAGUGCUAGGCCGUCCACGGUGGAGAAACCCACCCUCCAUGAGAUUCUGAUGCAGGAGAAACAAGAUUUCGAAGCAAAGGUGCAGAGAGCGGCCAAACGAAAGCGUUGGCUCAAAGCCAAUGAAACACUGCUCAGAACCCUUCUGAGUUACUGCUCUCUCCACGGAGCGAGUGGUGGUGGUUUGGCUUCUGUGAGGAUGGAAUUGGUGUUGCUACUGCAAGAGUUGCAGCAAGAAAAGACCCAGCAACAACUCUUUAGUCCUCUACCCUUCCCCACUACCCUGCCACUGCUAAGUGCAUGCGUGGCUGGCAAUAAAACUGUCAUUGCUGAUCCUGUGCGAUACCUUCAGUGUCACACGCAUGAUAUGCUUCAGACAAUUGUUGAUCUGCAGAAUCCACCAACAGGAACAAAAAUCUCCCUGUCACCGGAGGUGAAUGUUCUGAGAGAAUUGGCUGUGGCUCUGUCAGCUUGCAUCUAUCAAUCUCUCUGUGAUUCAGAUACAUUCAGUGUGAAGCAAGCGACAGAAUCUAGUGGUUUUCAUAGUCCGGGCAUGGAAACUCUGGCUAGACUCAAUGCCAGCUGUCAGAGUUCUCAUUUGAUGACCAAUGCAUCGGUGCAUCAGAGGAAGCGCAAGUAUUCGUCUGAUGAACCCGUUACUGUAAGUACAUCACCGGCUAAAUGGCCAGGUGUGACAAAUUUGAGGGCACUGUUGGCACGGGAAAAGGAUGAGGAUACACCAAGACUCAAUGUAUUACUCUGUGAAUCCUUUGUGGCGACAUUUAUGGCUCUGUUGGUGUAUUCACUGCAUUCCUGUGAUUGUCACAUUCUGUACAGAUUGGCUGGGCAGAAAUUCUCAAAUACCACGUGGGCAUCGUUGUAUGGGGGCGGUGUGAAGAAAUUACUGAGAAAAGCCACAUCUCAUGCACAAGCAGCUCAAGCUGUGGCCAAUCAGGCACAUCAGGAUAGCAUUGAGAGUCCAAUGGGUGAAGGUGGAAUGUGGAAUGCCAUGACGUCGUUGACGAAGCAACGAAUAAACCUGAAUAUGAAACUUUUGGGGAAUUUUACGGGUCCAAGUGGAUCACCGAGUAUGAAAGAGGAUAAACCGACGUACAGAGAACAAUUUGUACCGCCGGAUAUGUCAAUGGUAUCGUACUUUCUCAUGAAACCUGUUCAGACGGGUGAUCCAGACGAAGAUGAUUAUGAUAGUGCUGAUAGUGCAGUUUCUGAUCUCGAUGAUGAUGAUGAUGAGGAUGUCUUUGCUGAUCCACUGGCCAGUGAGACAAAAGUGUCCCAAGCGGCGGCAAAGAAGAAGCAUCGUAGGGAAAAUACUGAAAAUAUUAAUCCAAAUUCCUAUUCAUGGUGCAUCAUGCGUUUGGCAACUGUAAAAUUGGCACAGCAUCAAUUGCAUGAUUUCAUCAAUAUUUCGGGCAUUGAGAUGCAAGAAUUACCCGUUGCCAGUCCACUAAUCCAUGGUAUUCUCCGUACAAUGUCCACCUGGCAGGAUGCACUACGUGAAGAGGUGGAAUCUCGUGGUCCAGCACCAGUGGACUUCAUUCCCGGUUGCUAUGUUGAAUCUGAGGCAAAAGGUCCGGCCAUACAUAAAUAUCGAUCUCUCUUGGAGAAAUCCAAUACACCCUUUAGUCCAAUUCAUGCAUCAGCUGCCCCGGCUAGACGUCUGUGGAAUUUCCUGGUGCGUCAGGAACUUGUGCAGGAUAUUUUUAUAAGGGCAGUUUUUGGCAAGAGACGUUCUCUGGUUUCCAUUGUGGAGGCAGCAGCACCAACAGCUUCAUCGACAUCUUCCGUGGCGGGUGGUACGGAUACACCAGGAGGCGGAGGAGCAGCUGGAGCUGAAGAAGUCACAAGAAAUAUUCACAUUCCUGAACCUGUGAGAAUUAUUCACAAAGAUCAAGAGUCCAUUUCAGCCUUUUGUCUCAACAUGGUGAAUUCGGGAAUGUUGGCUCUGGCCACGCCCAGAGAAGUCCAGGAAAUGGAUAUAUCGCUGCUGCUGGAGUCUCCCAAUUGGCUGGAGGAUGAAUGUGAAUUUGACAUUAUGAAUCUGAGCAAGGACAUCGAGACAAUGCCAGCCAGUGGAUUUUUGGUCAUUCAAACAUCAACAGACAAAAACAUCGUAACUCCCGGAGUCAAUGCUGUGCAGAACUAUGCAACACCAGCGAGUCCACAGCCAGGAAUCGCUGGGCAGUCUGGUCGAGGAGCAUCAGUGGUGCUGAAACACAAAGUGGACAAUAUCAAGAGAAUGUGUGCUCAUCCACUAAUGCCAGUGUAUCUGACUGGUGGUCAGGAUGGUUCUGUGCAAAUGUGGGAAUGGGGUCAUCAGCAAGUUGUCUGCACACCAAGACCACCAGGAACAUUUGCCAAAGUCACUCGCUGUAGAUUCUCUCAGCAUGGCAACAAAUUUGGCAUUGCCGAUGGGGAUGGAAAUCUCAGUUUGUGGCAAGUGGGACUCGCAUCACAAUGCAAUAGGCCCUUCUUUACAAUGCAGUGUCACAAUAAAGGCAUAACUGAUUUUGUAUUCCUUGGUUCGUGCAGUUUAGUAGCAACAACUGGUCAUAGUUCUGAGAAUAAGAAUGUUGGUCUCUGGGAUACACUUCUACCUCAGAAGAAAGCCUUGGUAGCCUCUUUCACAUGCCACGAUCAGGGUGCCUCGAGUGUGGUUUAUGCUCCGCAACAUCAAUUGCUGAUUUCCGCCGGAAAGAAGGGUGAUGUUUGUAUCUUUGACGUACGACAGAGAGUGCUUAGACACAGAUUCCCAGCUCAUGAGAGUGCGAUUAAGUGUCUGGCUAUUGAUCCACAUGAGGAGCAUUUUGUGACUGGUUCAGCUGAUGGAGAUUUAAAGGUACAAUGUUUUUUCCAUUUGAAGUCGUGUUCUUGGGAAAAAUGGAAUGUAUUUUUUGUAGGUUUGGGGACUUACUGUUCAUACAUCACUGUACUCAUUUCCUGGGGAACAUGCCAAAGGGAGCUUUUUCAAGCACAUUGGUCAGGGUGUCACUCAGAUUCAGGUGGAUUCCUUUGGGCAUUUAUUCUCGUGCGGUGCCGAUGGUUCCAUGAAAGUGCGCCAAUUGCCUGAUCGAGAGUCAAUUGUGCAUUCUCUGUAUUAAGAGGAAAAACAAUAAAUAGAAACAAAGGCAAAAAGAUUGAAGACUUGAAGCAUGUGGAACAGGAAGGAAAUCUCUUCUCGUAUAACAAAAAAAAAAAGACGACAACUAAAUAUAAAUACUUAAUUAAAUGGUAAGUGGAAGAUUAUUUAUUUUGUGGGGAGGAUUAUUCAAAUAUUUUGUGUGUUUGUGAAUUUUUGUUAGGCGUCCUCGGUGUUCUUGCUAGCGUACAUUUUCUUCUCUAACCACCCUCCCUCUUCCCCGUCAGGCUGAAGGAUGUUCAAAGAGGAGACACUUAUGGAAAAAAAAACUAAACAAACACACAAUUCAAAAAAAAAUUAUCUUUAUAUAUAUUAUAAUAUUUAUGACAAUACGAAGUUAAUUUAACAAAAAAAAUCUAUCUACUAUGCAAUCAUAUUAACACACCAAAAUUUGUAAUCUGCUUGCAAAUAAUGUGAAUUACUUGGGAAAAAAAGCGAAAAAAUAAGACAUUGAAAAAAUUAAUUUGGUCGUAAUUUGAGUUGAAAGUUGAAGAAGAAAAAUUAAAAUAUUGGCUAUAAAAAAAUCAUAUAUUAAAUAUUUGUGCAAAGAAAAAUCUUUUUAGGAGUCUAUUGAUUGUGAAAAAUUCUAUAUACUUAUAUACAUAAACUAAUUAACUAUUAUAAAAGAUGCUAUUUUGCUAUUUUUGUUUUCUUUCUUAUGAGAAAAAAAAGAAAACAUUUUUCGCCUGUACUUUCUAUCUUAUGGAUAUAUUGAGUAAUGAUGGAAGAGAAAUUUUAAAAAAUAUAUAUUAUAUAACAAACACACAUAAACAUUACAUACAUAAUAUACUACCUAUAGUACUUCCUGUUGUUGUGCUGUUGAUUUUAUUUUAUCUGUUGAGCAAAAGAGAAAAAAAACACUAGAAACAUAAAAAGGAAAAAUAAAUAAAUUAGUAAAAAAAAGAUAUAAAAGCAAAAAUGCAUUAAAAAAAGUAUUGUUGCUUAAUUUAUUAGUUUCUUUCUUUUAGAUGAAUUAUUUUUUGUGUUUUUUUGAGUUUUAUGGAAAAUCCUGUAUUAUUAGUUAAAAGAAAUUUUACAUAAGACACCUUUGCAGAUUUUACAUAAAAAGAGAGGGUGGAAAUAUGUAAAAUAAAAAGAGUAUUGAAUCCAAAGUUUUUAUUUCGUCAAAUUAAAAUGAAAAAAAAAUAUAAAGAUAAACGAUAGUGUAUAUUGAUUAUCAAAUUUUAUGAAGAAUUUUAUUUGUAAAGAAACAUUUAAAAAAUAUAUAUAAAAAAAUUCACCUUCA